AUGGAUGAGCCCCAGAAGAAACUCAAUCAGCGGCACGAGGGGCGGCCCCGCAAAGUGAGGUUCAAAAUCUCCUCCUCCUACAGCGGCCGGGUGCUGAAGCAGGUCUUUGAGGACGGGCAGGAGCUGGAGCCCCCAGCCAAGGAGCGCACUCGGCGCUUUCUCCGCCACAGCUUCGAGCCGGGGGACCAUUUGUGCGGGGCUGGGGAGACGGCGGAGAACAGGUUCUACCCGCCAGCCAAGAUGACUGCCCAGCGCAUCAGCAUCUUCAAGGAGGAUAAGAAAUACAGCCUGGCCAGCAGCUCCCCUCUCCUCGGGGACUGCCAGGCAGGGGACAGUCACUGCAGGGCUUCCCCAAUUCUAGAUUUUGGCAAGAUCAUCAUCUACACCAACAACCUGAAAAUCAUCCGUGCCCCAAUGGACCAGAAGGAGCUCAUGAGGAGAGUCAUCCAGACUGAGGGAGUGAGUGACUGGGCCUUUGUGUACCGGGACAGGAAAGAGAGGCUUGGUGGUGGACAUAAAAAAGAGGUGGAAAUGAAGGCUGCCUGCAACCAGUAUGUGCAGGUCAGAGCUGCUGGAGGUGGUUGCUCCCAGUGUCAGGGGUCAGGCUGUGCCCCAUGCUCGCUGUGCCACGGCAGCAAGUUUUCAAUGCUGGCAAACAGGUUCAGAGAGUCCUACAGGGCUCUGCGGUGCCCAGCUUGCAAUGAAAGCGGGCUGCAGCCCUGCCAGAUCUGUGCUGCCUGACCAGGCCCACCCCCCCUGCUGCAGGCUACGGGCAUCAUCAGGAUGUUUUGUUGAAAACAUGGAGUUAUUUAACGUUUGAGCAGCCUGGACAUCAGGACAAGUGAUUAAAAGAGGGUAAAGGCACCCAGAUGUGAACACUGCAGCUGUCCCCUUGUCUGCUGCACGCACCAGUCUCCCUUUGGAUCACCCAGACCCAGCUAGCUGCA